AUGACUGCCGCCACCAUGGCCAACCGCGAUCCCACCACCCUCUCCAACUACUCCGCCUGGCGCACCCGGCACACCGCCGUCGACUUCAAGCUCGACUUUGAGCACAAGUUCCUCGAGGGCACCGCCACCCUCGAGCUCGAGAGCCAGACCGACGCCCAGAGCGCCGAGGUCGUCCUCGACACCCGCCACGUCGACAUCCGCGGCGUCCGCGUCGACUCUGCCGAGUGCGCCUGGGAGCUGCGGCCUCACAGCGACCCCUUCGGCGCGCCUCUCCACGUCGCUGUCCCCGAGGGCGCCGCCAAGGGCCGCGUCGUCCGCGUGUCCGUCCGGCUGCGCACCACGCCCAAGUGCACCGCGCUGCAGUGGCUGACGCCCGCCCAGACGUCCAACAAGAAGCACCCCUACGUGUUUUCGCAGUGCCAGGCCAUCAACGCCCGCUCCAUCUUCCCUUGCCAGGACACCCCGGACGUCAAGUCGACCUUUUCCUUCAAGCUCACCUCGCGCCUGCCCGUCGUGGCCAGCGGCGUUCCCGUCGGGGACCACACCCCCGCCGUGGGCGCCGAGAAGCUCUACGAGUUUGAGCAAAAGGUCCCCAUCCCGUCUUACCUGUUCGCCCUUGCGUCCGGCGACUUUGCUUCGGCCAGGAUUGGCUCGAGGAGCGUUGUCGUCACCGGGCCCAAUGAGCUGGAGGGCUGCAAAUGGGAGCUGGAGCGCGACAUGGACAAGUUUAUGCAUGUUGCCGAGAAGCUCGUCUUUCCCUACAAGUGGGGCGAGUACAACGUUCUUGUGCUUCCCCCUAGUUUCCCCUACGGAGGCAUGGAGAAUCCCAUCUACACCUUUGCCACGCCCACCAUUAUAAGCGGCGACCGCCAGAACGUGGAUGUCAUUGCCCACGAGCUGAGCCACAGCUGGAGCGGCAAUCUCGUCUCCAAUGCGAGCUGGGAGCAUUUCUGGCUGAACGAAGGUUGGACUGUGUAUCUGGAGAGGAGGAUCCAGGCCGAGAUCCAUGGAGCGGCCGAGUUUGACUUUUCCUCCAUCCUCGGCUGGAAGUCCCUUGAGGACGCUGUCGCGUUAUUCGGAAAGGACCACGAGUACACCAAGCUCAUCAUUAGCCACAGGAACGUCGACCCCGAGGAUGUUUACAGCUCGGUUGCCUACGAAAAGGGCUUUCACUUCCUGUAUUACCUUGACAGGUUGGUUGGCCGCGAGGCAUUCGACAAGUUCAUCCCUCACUAUUUCGCCAAGUGGUCCGGCAAAUCACUCGACUCUUUCGAGUUUAGAGACACGUUUAUGAGCUUUUUCAACGGCCUGGGCGACGAUGCCAUCAAGCAAAAAAUCGCCACCAUUGACUGGCAGGAUCGUCUCUACGCACCCGGACUGCCUCCCAAGCCUGAUUUUGAUACCAGCAUGGUGACUGCUUGCUACGAUCUAGCGUCAAAGUGGCAUGAUGCUACAUAUGAACCCGCGCCAAAGGACGUCGAGGCCUUCACCGCCAACCAGAAAAUCGUCUUCCUCGACAAGGUGCAAGAAUCGGCUUCUCUAUCGGCCAGUCGCGCCCAGCUCCUCGGAAAAGUAUACGAUUUCGUCUCCUCGAAAAACGUGGAGGUCAAAUCCUCGUACUACCGCGUGGCGCUGGAUGCCAAAGACGUCAGCUGCGUCUACGGCGUUGCCGAGCUUCUCGGUUCCGUAGGCCGCAUGAAGUUUGUGCGUCCUCUGUUCCGCGGCCUGAACAAGGUGAACCGCGAGCUGGCAUUGGAAACGUUUGCCAAGAACAAGGACUUUUACCACCCUAUCUGCAGGGGAAUGGUUGAGAAGGACUUGGGAAUUCAAGGUGCAGCGUAA